AUGAUUUUUAAAGAAGGGAGACUUUGCAACAGGCACAUCCCAUACACCUGGUUCGGCAGGCACCGAUGCGCGCUCAGCUCUGCAUCCCGCCGCUUUCUCGGGCUGGAGGGAAACAAAGCUGGGACCGGGGAUCUGUCACAGGCCGCGUCCCGGCGCCAGCCGCCGAGCUGGAAGCUGAGGCGAGCGCGAUGCCAGGUUAACAAUUUGCAAUUUGCCUCGCUCCUGGACGCCGCGGCAGCCCUCCAUUUUGUCAACUGCCUCAAUUUUAAACGUUUUCCAAGUCGAAGGCAGAAUUUCAACGUUUCUUCGGGAGCCCUCCGGGGCUUUAAAGCAUCCCCGACCAUUUUAAGCAGCGGAGACCCUGUUCGGAGCCAGCGCUCUUGGCUAAGUUUAGCAAGGCAGCCGCGCACGCCGCGCCUCAUGAGCAGCCCCCCGAACCCUCUGCGGGGCAGCCAGCGGGCUCCUACCCAUCCUUCUUCCAGCCGCGGCUGCCUCCGGCCCGGGCACGAACAGCGCCCGGCUUCCUCCUCUCACGAAGAGAGGCAGGUGGAUGUCGGGAGGUGGAAAAGGAAGGGACGGGGAGACAGGAGCGGCCGCGGGCAGCAGGGGGCCGGGUGCCGGCAGCAGAAGCGGCCGGAGCCUGCCCGGGCCAGAGCAGCGACCUGUCCGCUGCGGGCGCUCUCCUCCGGAGCCUUCGGUUUCCAGAAUGACCCAAAGGACGACAAACACACGGGAAGAGCAGGCACAAGGAGAGGAACGAACGAGAGAAAGAGUUUUGCUGGUCAGUAAACUUCAAGCUGCUGGGAUGAGGUCAUUGGUGUAAAAAUAAAGCGAUGGCGUCAUUUGAAACCAAUCCCAGUGAAUGAACUCA